AUGCCCUCUCAUCCAGAUGCAGCCGUCUAUCCCGAAGCAACGGGCCUGGCCAAAGCCCUGGUCGACCAGCAUCAGGCAGAGCAACCGUUGAAGCUGUAUGCGGGGUGGUUUUGUCCAUUCGGUAUGCUCUACCAGCAGCCACUUCUGCAACGCGUAUGGCUCGCCCUCGAAGAAAAGCAGAUCCCAUACCAAUACAUCGAAGUGAACCCGUACAACAAACCACAGUCACUACUCUCGCUGAACCCGCGCGGGCUCGUGCCAACGCUGUCCGUCCCAACCUCUUCAGGCGACCGGCCACUGUACGAAUCCAACGUGGUGCUCGAAUACCUCGAGGAAGCGUACCCGGACCACUCGCCGCGUCUGCUCCCGACAGACCCGUACGAGCGAGCUCGCGCACGUAUCUGGGUCGACUUCGUCACGUCGCGGGUCAUAUCGUCCUUCCAUCGCUUCCUGCAGUACCAGCCCUCGUCGGCGGACGAGGACGCCGUGGCCGCACUGGACAGCCACCGACAGGAGUUUCUGGGUCUACUGAAGCAGUGGGCGCGGGAGUUACAUCCCGAGGGGCCGUUCUUCCUCGGGGACCAGAUCAGUCUUCCAGAUCUGGUGCUCGGGCCUUGGGCUAUCCGGCUGUGGGUGUUUGAUGAGCUCAAGGCCGGUGGGUUGGGGGUUCCGGCUGAAGGCCAGGGAGGCGAGGAUGAGGCGGUUUGGCAGCGGUGGAGGAAAUGGGUGAAGGCUGUCGAGGAGCGGAGGAGCUUCCGGGAGACGACGAGUGAUACGCAGCAGUAUCGGCCUAUCUAUAAGCGAUAUGCCGAUAAUGUUGCGCAGAGUGAAUUGGCCAAGGCGACUCGGAGUGGACGGGGUGUUCCAUGA